AUGGAUUAGAAGACUGAAAAGGCUUUACUUGAAUAGUAGAAUGAAUUGUUAGAGUUAUAGUUAUAAGAAUUAAAGGAGAGAGAAGACUCAUAUAAAAUAUUUAAUGAAACAAUUCUCAAUGCUUAUAAUUCAAUGCAAAAUGAUGUGAAUAAAUAGAAUGUAAAGUUAAAGUCCUAUACUUGUAGAGUUUAGUUUAUAAACAAUUAUAGUAGACUUUGGAAUAAUAUUCUCAAGAGCUGAUAGAAUCUAAAAAUAGAAACACAACUGUUUUAUGUUAGUUGGAGAAAGAGAAUCGAUACUUAAAGAACUAUUUAGAAUAAUUAGAACUUAAGAUCUAAGAAUAAUCUUAAGUUUAGGAGAAUGAACUUUCUGAUUUGGAAUAGCAAUGUGAAAAUUUAUAAUAACAGUAAGAGACUUAAAUAAUGGAAGUAAAACCUAAGAAAAAGAAAUAAUCAUAAUAAUUAGAUAAAGAAAAUAAUAAACCUGAAUAAGUAGGAGGUGGGGGUUGUAUUGUAUCUCUUAAAUAAAAAAAUGAUUGUACAAAAAAGAAAGAAUUAUGCAUUAGUAAUGUUUUAAAUUGUAAGGAUUCUAAUGUUAUGGAAAUCUCUCAAUUAGAUUGGUUAGAUUAAAAUUCUCCGACUGGAUUAUUCAAAUAAUUUUAAUUACACUAAAGAGGACGUGAUCGUUCUGAUCAUUCAUAAAGGAUUUAAUAAUAAAAAUUAUCUAAAAGAAUAUUUAGAGAUUAAGGAAAGAAUGAAGAUUCUGUUAGUCCUUAAUGUUUGAGGAAUGUAACUCCAUAGAAUAAUUAUAUUACUCCUGAAUCUAAAUAAUUAAAAUAUGAAUUAUAAUCUGGAUUUGGGAGUAGAGGUGAAUUUAAUUAAUAAAAACCAGAGAAAAAAUCUUUGGCAGAAUUUACUAAAUAAAUUAAUUCUGUUAGAUCUACUGAAAAUCUUUAAAUGAUUUUAAGAUAAAGUUAAAUAGUUUGA